AUGGAUGUGGAAACCUGCUGGUUCUACCUGUACCAUCAGCCACCUCCUCCCAUCAGACACUGGAGUUUACUGGUGUUGUCGUCCAGAGAGGGAGCAGCCAGCAGCAGCAUCCAGCUCACUGUCACUGGUGGAUCAGUGAUCCUGCAGAGUCCUGUCCUCCCUGUGAUGGAGGGAGAUGACGUCACUCUGAGCUGUCUAACAAAGACCACUCCCUCCAACCUCCCAGCUGCUUUCUAUAAAGAUGGCUCCCUCAUCAGGACUGAGCCCAAAGGUCACAUGACCCUCCACCAUGUGACCAGCUCUGAUGAAGGCCUCUACAGGUGUAACAUCUUUGGUCAUGGAGAGUCUCCAUCCAGCUGGAUCUCUGUUGAAGAGAAACCAUCCUCAAUCACACCAACCCCCCCCUCCUCUGUUCCUACCACCAAUCCUCCUUCAGAUUCCCAGUUUACUCUCUGCUUGAUCGUGUCCCUUUCAUACAUCAGUCCUCUGGUUUUACUGCUGAUGAUUCUGCUGAUAAAACAAAGAUGUUACAAGAAAACUGAAAGGUACGAAGAAUCUGUAAUAAAGUGCAAUUUAAUCUCUCAGCAGGGUUGCACUGUGGAUGAUAGGGGGAAGUUCUUGAGUGACCAACUCCAGCAAGCUCUCUGA